AUGGCGGCGCCCGUGGCGGCGGCGGCAGGAAGCGCCGGGGCGCCGGAGGAGCUCGAGGCGCCGGCAGCGUCAGUGGCGCCGGCAGCAACGGCGGCGGCGGCGGCGGGGCCUUCGCGUCCGGCGCGGCUGCCGCUGUCCCGGGUGAAGGCGCUGGUGAAGGCCGACCCAGACGUCAGCCUGGCCAGCCAGGAGGCGGUCUUUGUCCUGGCGCGCGCCGCGGAGCUGUUUGUGGAAACCAUCUCCAGGGACGCCUUCCUCCACACCCAGCACGGAAAGAGGAAGACCCUGCAGAGGAAGGACCUGGACAACGCCAUCGAAGCCCUGGAUGAGUUUGCCUUCCUGGAAGGAACGCUGGACUGACCCGCUUGGAAGACGCAUCCCCGGAAGGAAAGACUGGCGCUGCCUCUCUCUUCGCCCGCCAAGGAAGACCCUCCGAAAGACCCCUUUUGUAUAGGCCCAGUUGUGUGAUUUGUACAUACGCGGUGUAAUUUCUCUCAAUACAUACAUGUUU